UAUAGGUAUAAAUCAUAGUCUGUGAUUAUAACAUAACCUCAACUCAAUAAAGUUUUGGGAGUUUUAUGUUUCAUCUGAUUUCGUAUUUUUAAGUGAAAAAUGCCGUUAGACUACCGAAGAUUCAACGGUCCAGAAGAUAGCGUAUCCUACAAACGCUUUACAAAAAAUUAUAUUCGGAAUUACGAUGAAAUACAUAAGGAAUUGGUAAACAAAAACGGCGUUAGAAAGGAUGGUCGAGCUAUGGAUGAAGCUCGCAGCUUGUUUGCCAGAACAGAUAUGGUAUCUCAAGCAAAAGGGUCAGCCUACAUAGAGAUGAAGAAAACUAAAGUUAUAUGCUCUGUUUUCGACCCUAGGGAGACACCUCAUCAGAAUGAGUUUAGCCAGCUUGGUCAACUAUACUGCGAGGUGAAGCUGGCACCAUUCUCGUGUCCUCGUCAGAGGCGCCCGCAUGCCCCCGAUGCGGAAGAGAGAGCCCUGUCUGUGGCGCUGCGGCAGGCAUUGGAGCCUGCUGUCUGCAGGCACAUGUUCCCUAAUUACCAGGUGGACAUAUUUGUUUUGAUCUUGGAGCAUGAUGGGUCUUGCUUGUCAGCCGCUAUCAAUGCUGCCGGCCUGGCCCUGGCUGAUGCAGCCGUCCCCAUGUAUGACAUCAUAACCGCAUGCUCCGUGGCAAUCAUUGGAGAACACUCAUUCCUUGAUCCUUCUGAAGAGGAAGAAUUUGUAGCUCUAAUGAGUCCAGAAAACACAGAGACGAAUCAUGGAGUCAUCACUAUGUCAACUUUAUCUGAACUAAAGCAAGUGUCGCAUUUCACUCAAAUAGGCAAUCUAGAUGUUGAAUGUGUUACAAAUGCUAUUCACACCUUAGAGCUAGAAUGCACUAAGAUUGUUCCAAAUAUACAGAAGGUGUUAGUUUCAAGUGUGACAAAGUGUUUCAAACAGAAGCAGAGGCUAGAUGAGGAGGCCAAAGAAAGAGAGGCUGAGUUGGAUGCCAAGAUGGAGGAGUGGAAAAAGAAAUUAAAGGCUGGAUAUAGAAUACAAAGUUUAUACAAAUCUAAAAUUAUGGAGACAAUAGGCAAGCUAAGUGAAGAUGUUAUGGCGUCGGAGGAAUCGCUGAAAAAGCAAGCCAAGAAAAUAAUUCUUAGGAAGAAUGGCAAUGCAAUCAAAAGACCGACACAUUUAUUUAUGCAUGAAAAGUGUCUUGCUGAAAUCCCCAAACCAAAACACCCUACCCAGGUAGUCUACGCAUACUACCAUAGUAACCAUAUAAAUAAAAUAGAUAAUUUAGAACUCAUGUACAAUUUAACGCAUCUGCAUCUACAAUGGAACAAAAUUAGAAAAAUUGAUGGCCUAGACAGACUUUAUAAUUUAAAGAAACUGUAUUUAUCGAACAACUGUAUAAGCGUUGUGGAGAAUCUGGACAAAAAUAAAUUCUUGGAGGAAUUACAUAUUGAAAAACAAAAUACUGAUAGUGGUGAUGGACUCUGCUUCGAACCCAGGACUAUGAUUGCACUAGGACCUACGUUAAGAAUCUUAAAUGUCUCCGAAAAUAAAAUAACCGAUAUGCUUUGGGCCAAACCUCUUCGACGUCUGGAGGUAUUGAUCGCGAAGAAGAAUCUUAUUGACGACCAUCAAUCUGCUGCCGACAGUCUCUGCACUCUAAUCUCGCUUGUUGAAGUAAACUUUAUUGGAAACCCCAUGACCAAGAAGCACCGAUACAAGGAAACCAUCAUUGCCAGGUGCAGCCAACUUAGAACCCUAGACACAAUAGUAAUCCAUCCCAACUCGAAAACGUUUUUGAGAAGUUUCGACAAAGUGGUCCGACUGAGGCAGAUGAAUGAGAAGAACAAAUCAGACAUGACUCAGGACAGCGUAGACGAAUUCUUUGACCUCAACAUGGUGUCCGGCCCACGGAGCCAGAGUGCCCUGUGUGUCAACGAUUUGACGAAUAAUAAAAAACCUAAAGCUCGAAUAAACGACUCAACAUACAACUUCAGUCUCCCCCGUCACCGCGCGCCCGGCCCUCGCUACGACCUCGCGCCGCCGAUGGAGGCACCGCCUCAAGCCAAGCAGCCGAUGAUGAUGGAGUCCUUCAGUCAGCCUAUCAGAGGAAUACUGAAGAAACCUAUGCCUUUUAAAUAUAUUUAGGAUGUUUCAUGAUCAAUUUGUAGGUAUUUUGUACUUAUAUUCCUCGUUAUUUUAAAAUUGAGUGUGAUUUUACCGCCAUUGAUUGUGUGGGUUAUUAUAAUUUUUCAAUAAAU